GUCAAAAAAAGGCGGCAGCGUUGCGAUUUGGAACCAAAAGGAAAAAAGAAAAAGGAAGAGACAGAGAGAGGAAAAGAAGAUCAACGCCGCCAUCACCGCCAUCUCCAGCAUGGUCAGUUUGGUCGCCGUCGUCAUGAGAGAGGAGUAAGGACAUCUGCAGAGGAGGCGAUGGAGGGAGGUGAACUUUUCAUGGUUUUUUGCUCUUCCUGGGGCAAAAGAUCGGUGGACUAGGGUUUUAUGGGGGAUGGUGAUGUGAAUGGGUGUUCUUCUGAGAUGAGAUGAUAGCGAAAAUGAAGGGUUUCUGCGAGCAGCAUGGCGGUCGGUCGCCGCUUGCCUUUGUCCUCGUCUUGGCUUUUGUCAUUUUCUCAUGUUUGGGUCGAUCGCCGGUGUCAGCGGCGGCGGAUGUAGAUGUUUGCUCUGCCCGGUCGCUCGCCGAUCGCGUCUUGUCCAAGCGCGAAUGCCCUCUUCUGUCCCCUCCGAUGCCUGUGGAGGUUGAUGGCGACUCUCUUGACAAGGCUUUGAGCUCUAUGGGUGAAGGAUAUACGUCUGUACUCUUUUAUGCAACAUGGUGUCCUUUCUCUUUAAAAAUAAAGGCUGAAUUUGAUGUGCUAAGUUCCAUGUUUCCCCAUAUUAGACAUUUGACGGUUGAAGAAUCCUCUGCCUUGCCGAGCGUCUUUUCAAGAUAUGGAGUUCAUAGUUUGCCUUCAUUGCUAAUUGCAAACCGGACAUUUCGAGUACGUUACCAUGGGCCUAGAGAUAUUGGGUCCUUGACACUUUUCUAUACGAAAAUCACAGGAGCUGAAGCUGAAGUUUACUCUGGGCAACCUACAGUUGGAGUCGAGAGUGGUGUGAGGUCAUGGAACGGAAGCUUAAGGGAAAUGCUCAUGGGGGAGCGGUACCUUGUUAUGUCAGUUUUAUUUCUGUGCUUCCGGGCGUUUAUCUAUGUGUUGCCGGGAGUACUUUCUCGGCUGAGAACUCUUUGGGCUCUGCGUGGUCAGAAUGUAAACUUUGGGGCUAUCUUUGGGAGCCGAAGUACCCUGCUAGAGCAGGCAGCACAUGUAUUGAAUUUAAAAAGGCUGUGGAGCAAGCUGCGGCAAUCUAAGAUGAGGAAGUUUCAUAAAGGGGCUAAUAAUGCUAGAGUUUGGGCAUCUUCUCUUGCGUCUGUAUCAUUGGGUGAAUCGUCUUCUUCAAGUGGAAGAGCGGACAAACCAUGAAUGCAUGCCAGCUGGUUUUGCGACUGGGAUCUCAGAACCUCCUAUGGUAAAAAAUGAAAGACAAUAGAGGGUGUCUAGCUGGGCAUGGCAUAUUUUAGGUUUGGCCUGUCGCUUUGGUUUAGUUCUUUGGUUGACAUACAAAUGGGUUGAUGUAAAUUUGAAGAUGUUUGUAUAUUAUCAAUUGGAGGAACCAUUAUGACACAUGCUCUCUCUAUUUCUUUGUUCUGUUA